UAAAUAAAGAUAUAAAUAUUUUAAGAUGCGUACUUAUUCUGCUGAAGACCGUAAACAGUUAAAUCUACUGAAGACCGUAAACAGUUAAAUGGGAAAAAAAGAAAAAAAAGAAAUAGGACAGAGGGAGUAAUAACCCGAAAAUUAAAGCAAGCCCAUUAUUAUUUCAAGCCCAUUAUUAUAAUAUACGAGUAAUUGCUUCUUUAUCAUCCUCAAGCCUGAAAUUUCUUAACUUACCGAUUUCUACACUCACUCAACUCAGCAACGAAUCCAUGGCUACUUAAUCAUUCAAAUAGUAUUGUGCAAAAAUGGCGUUGAAGAACAACACUCCAUUAUCAUCUUCAUCUUUCCCAUGUUCAAUUCCCUCUCUUCUCCUCUCUUUCUCUCUCCUCUGUACCCUUUUCUUCAUCUUCUUCAAUCGACCCUCUUCCAUUUCCAAUGACCCCACUUCGAUCUCUCAAUUUUCCCAGAAAAAUUCCCUCAAUGUUUUCAUUUUUAACCUACCCAGAUCCCUAAAUUAUGGCCUAUUGGAGAGAUAUUGGGCUUUACCCCCUGAUUCUCGGAUCCCCAGUGACCCAGAUCACGAAACCGGCUCAAAUCGGAAACCCGGAAACCUUGAGUACCCAGAAAAUCCAUUGAUAAAACAGUAUAGUGCUGAGUAUUGGAUAUUGGGUGAUCUUAUGACCCCUCAGAAUUUGCGAAGUAGGUCUUUUGCAAAUAGGGUUUUUGAUGCAAAAGAGGCGGAUGUGAUUUUUGUGCCGUUUUUUGCAACUUUGAGUGCUGAAAUUCAGCUGAGUUUGGAUAGAAGUGUUUUCAGGAAGAAAUCUGGGAAUGAAGAUUAUCAGAGGCAAAGAGAAGUUCUUGAUCUUGUCAAAAAUUCCGAGGCUUGGAAAUUAUCUGGUGGCCGUGAUCAUGUUUUUGUUUUGACAGACCCUGUUGCAAUGUGGCAUGUUAGAGAUGAGAUUGCCCCAGCCAUGCUUCUUGUUGUAGACUUUGGUGGGUGGUAUAGACUUGACGCAAAGUCAUCCAAUGGCAACUCAACGGAAAGGAUUCAACAUACACAAGUUUCUUUGCUGAAGGAUGUGAUUGUUCCAUACACCCAUCUGCUCCCUGUAUUGCGCUUAUCAGAAGACCAACCACGGCGUACUCUUCUUUACUUUAAAGGAGCAAAACAUAGGCAUAGGGGAGGUGUAGUUCGAGAGAGAUUAUGGGACUUGCUAGUAAAUGAACCUGGGGUAGUUAUGGAGGAAGGUUUCCCCAAUGCCACUGGUAAAGAGCAAUCGAUUAAAGGGAUGAGAACCUCCGAGUUUUGUUUACAUCCUGCUGGAGAUACACCAACAUCAUGCCGCCUUUUUGACGCCAUUCAAAGUUUAUGUAUUCCUGUCAUUGUCAGUGACAGAAUUGAAUUGCCAUUUGAAGGGAUGAUUGAUUAUUCAGACUUUUCAGUUUUUGUGUCUGAAAAUGAUGCACUGCAAUCAAAAUGGCUUGUAUCUCAUCUUCAAAGCAUUUCUAAGAAGCAAAGAGAAAAAUUUCGCAGAAACAUGGCUCUAGUUCAGCCAAUGUUCGUGUAUGAUAAUGGCCAUCCUGGUGGUAUUGGUCCAAUUCUACCAAAUGGAGCAGUGAAUCAAAUUUGGAAAAAGGUUUAUCAAAAGCUGCCAAUGGUAAAGGAAGCUAUAGUUCGAGAUAGAAGAAAACCACCUGGUGUUUCGAUUCCACUUCGCUGCCAAUGUAUCUGAUGUUACAUGUAAACCCUUUUGUGGCUUUUUUCUUACAAUUCCCUCAUACAUAUUAUUUUGACUAAUGUAAUGAGAAUCAUUCGUUGUUGAUUUGCAAUCAAAGGAAUUUCUCCCAGAUCCUGUUAUUCCGUAGUCUUCUAAUGUUAUGAACAACUGUGAUUACUUUUGGUAUAGUUAUUAUUGACAUGUAAAAUUGCAUUG